AUGCCAUCAUCACCACAGUACCCUUCGCCUAUUCUCCAACCCUCCGCUAACCCGUCGCAGUCACACUCUCAACCCGACUCCCCACUGACCGAUCCCGACGCGCGCCGCGCGCCGCACACGCCAGGACCGCCUCAACCGACGUCGAGCCCCUCGCCGCACCCAACGUCCGAAGAGGGCUACCCGUCGUGGCUCCCGAAGCGCCCGUCCGUGCCCGUGCCCGCCUCCACCGUGCAAUCGUCGACAAUCAACAUGCUCGCGAACGAAGCCAGCCCCGGCGCCGGCCCGAGCGAGAUGGGCGCGUGGGGCGGGCGCAAGCCGACGCCGCGCUCGGUGCGCAUCGUCAGCCUGCAGGACUCGUUUGGCUUCCGCCGCGAGCCGACUGACCAGACUGCGUUCACGGCCGCGCCAGGCGCGCCCCCCGUCGCGCACUCGCGGGUGUGGUCGCGCGCGACCGGCGCCGGGCUGUCGCCGACGGUGUUCUCCCCGACGGUGGACGGGCGACUUGGGCAGGCGCAGGCCCCGCGUUUCCGGGCGUGGGGGCUGAACCUGCGGCUGCUGCGGGACCCGUCGUGGCGGUCGCGGCUGCACUUCUUCCUCUUCCCCCUCCUCGUCUUCUUCCACGUGCCGCUGCAGACCUUUUUCGACUUUAACGCUGUAUUUAUACUUAUCCAAGUCUCCAAGUUUCCCAAUCCGGUCGCGCCUGGCGUGCCCGGCUCCGGUCGGAACUGGGCCCUGGGCGCCGCCGCCUACGUCGCCUGCUGGUCGGUCUGGAUCAUCGCCGUCUUCGUUGGCUAUGAACUCGUCUACUCCUUCUACCGCCGCUGGAGGUUCAAACGCCCCCUCAUCCUCCCGCUCUACCUCUCCACGCCCGCCUUCAACCUCGUCUCCAUGACUUCCUACACCCACUUCUGCUUCAUGCAGCACAUACGCGCCUCCGCCUUCCCGCGCCUCAACCCCGACGCGAAACUCCCCGCAACAAACCCCCACGCCCGCACCCACGAGGGCUCCCUCCGCGACGCCCUCGCCGAGACGUGCUACUUCUACUCCCAGAAUCUGCCCACCGUCGCCCUGCUCCUGCCCCGCGCAGGCAUCGCCCUCGCGCUGCUGCUCCAGUUUUACAGCCCCAAGCAGCUGCCCGGUGGGCUCACCCUUGCGGACGUCGACGCGAGCAUCGCGAGGCGCGACGAGACGUAUUUUGACCAGGGGACCGGCACGCUCUCGGGGUACGCCAAGGGUGUGCUGAUCGCGAACGCCGCUUGGACCGCGUGGCGCGUCCUCGUCCUCGUCAUCAGCUGGACGGGUCUCUGGCUCUUCAGCGGGUAUGGAUGUGCUGGCAUCUGCGGGCCGCGCUCGCGCUGGGAAGAAGAAGAGGCGGAAAAAUCGCGCGCGCUGUACUUUGACGAGAAGGGCGCGCACUACGAUCCUGCGAUGGCCGCGGUGCUGGCCGAGGUGGCCGCGGCCGACGCGCUCCCGUGGAGCUGGAAGGAGUGCACUUACCUGCGUGUGCAGGAGGCGUACGAGUUUUGUCUCACCUUGCAGCCGCCGCUGACCGCGCGCGGAGCGAUGACGGGGAAGAAGGCGCACGGGGCAGACGUGCCGGAAAUCGAACGCCAGGGCGGAUUCGAUGGUAUGGAGCAGGUGCUCGCCGCUGUCGGUCUCGGUGGUGGCGCAAUCCCGCAGCCCGGGCGGCGGGGCAUGUUGUCUCAGAAUCUGUUCGACACGCCGAAGGAAGGUGGGACGCGUGAUAGCAGUCUCGCUGCAGGCGUCAUACCCAAGGUGGAACGGCAGGACGACGACGGGACAGGCAAGCUCCCGUACCCGUUCACGGGCUUCGGUGCGAAGCAAGAGAAAGACGGGUCGAGCCAGGAGCAGAUCCCGUUCCCGCCCUCGCCCGCGCCCGAAGACGUCGAGACAGACGACUUUAUCGAAGACGACGAAGGACUGGAUGAGCUGGACGUGGAUCCGCUCGACGGGGAGUUUGGUGAGAGCUUUAUGGGCGAGGGGCUCGAGUACGUUCAGGAGGAGACGGAGCCGCGCACAAGCGAGGAUCCGUCCUCCUUCUCCGGGCGCGCGUCCAACUCGCUUUCCAGCCUCGGCCAGCCGGUGUCCACCCGCUACCCGUUCCAGUUCCGCCAUCCCACGCGCGGCGGGAGCCUCUCCUCCGCCUCGCACCACACCCCGCAGUCAAAUUCGACGUCCACGCACACGCGCUCGACGCGCAACUCGCGCAGCACGCGCUCCACCGGCAACCGCGAGUCUUCCGACUCGCCCAUGUCCCAUGGCACGUCGUCCGGCGCGCCCAGCCCCGUCGCCGCGCGCGGCACGGGCCUCAUGGGCCUCAUCGGGAGCAUGCCCAUGCCCCCGCGGCACCCUACGACCGCCGGCCAGCGCAGACAACGCUCGGGCACCGUCCCGAUCCCGUCCUCGCCGUCCCCCGCGGGCACCAGCAGCGGCCCCGGCCUCGGCCCCAUGUCCUUCCCGCCGCGGAUGCAGGCACGCACGCGCACGGAGAGCGCAGAGACGGACGUAAGCCCGCAGGUGCUGUACGAGUCGGACGGCGAGCAGGAGGUCGUGGGCGCGAUCGAUCUGGGGCGCAGCGCGUCGGAGGACGAAGGCCAGGCGCGGACGGGCCAGGCGUCGCCCGAGCCAGAAGGGUCGCAGGAGGCGCUCGAGCAGGAAGACAGCGUCGGCUUGCUGUCACACGCGCCGAGCCCGAAGGGCUCGUUCGGCGGCCUCAGGGCUCGCGCGGGCAGCGCCGUGUCGCUCACGCGGGGCGCGCGCUCGCGCUCGCGGCACACGAGCUCGGGGUCUGGGUCGCGCAGCGGCUCGAACUCGCGGCACAACUCGAACGGCAGCCCUGCCGGGGGGUCCGCGGUGUCGCUCGCCCUCGGCGGGCGCGGCGUCGGCCGCGGGCACGGGCACGGGCACGGGCACGGGCACGGGCACGGGCACGGGCACGGGCACGGGCACGGGCACGGGCACGGGCACGGGCACGGGCACGGGCACGGGCACGGGCACGGGCACGGGAUCCGCACGCGGACGCAGUCACUCAUCCAGAGCGUGGCGUCCGCGUCGCGCUCGAGCGUCGAGCUCGUCACAGGGCGCCGUGCUCGCGCGCAGUCGGUCGUGCGGCUGGAGGACUACGACGACGGCGAUCGAGGCACGAUCACGGGCACGGAGAGCUCGCCGUAUUACUCCGAGGACGCAGAAGCGCUGAGCAGCCCCGAGAACUACACGUUCGGGCGGCCGAUUGCCGGCGGCGCUGGGCUCGCGAGGCGGGCGGGCGGGCGGCAGCAGCGGGAGGCUGAGCGCGAGCGCGAGCGUGAGGUCGAAAUUGAGGAGGACAAGACGGAUGGUGAGAUGGGCUUGGGCAUGGAGAUAGAGAUGGGGAUGGAGAUGGGGACGGGGAUGGAGACGUCGGAGAACGCGCUGCCGAGCUCGGCGUCGAAUUCGCCGCCGCACCAGCGCCGCCGCGUGCAGUCAGCCGUGUCUGAGAUCGCGCCGUCGGAGCGCACGCUGUUGCCCCCUCUCCCGCAGCCCACCGUGCUGUCCCCGCCGUCCCCACAGCCCAUCCCGACGCGCUCCGUCGCGAGCCCGUCGGGCACGCAGUAUCUCAGCGCAAACGAGGACGUGAGCACCGCCGCGCCGUCAUUCGUCACGGCGCCGCCGACGGUCGAGGGGCACACGGACUCGAGCGGCGCGACGCCGUCGAGCUGGGGCGGACUGGAGCAUUACAUGGAGGGGAGGGACUGGAAGCCGGUGUAA